UUAUUUAGGUGACACGUAUUCAGUUUCAUUAAGAAAAGGCAAAUACUAAAAAUCUGCAGCGAGAUACACUGGUGUUACAGUUAACACUUUUUCGCUAUGCGAAAGAAAUGCUCUAGUGUAAAACCCACUGGAAAAAGCAGUAUGUUUCUAGACGCCUAUCGAGUUCGUAUUUCUGGUAUCUGAUGCAAGGCACUGUUUCAAGCUAAUUAUUAUUCUUUAAAUACAGGCUGACUUCAGUUACUCCUCUUCUUGGUACAAUUCCUUCUUGCGUUUCUCUAACGUUUAUUUGAUAUUUCCCCUUGAAGCAUAUAAAUAUACGCUCGCAAACAUAUUUAGCGUGCAUGUUUAAGCCCCCGUGCAAUGAACUAUGAUUUUCCAGCUGAGAUCUACGCUUUUCACAGUGGUUAGUUAAUGCAGCAGCAAGGAUGGAGUCACACAAAAUAUUACAUAUAAGGCAUCGUUAAAGUCAAUAGAGAAGCCAAGCCCCGGACAUCAAACCAGAAGUAAGAAAGGGUAUUGAAAGGUUAAACAAUGAGAAAAGCUGGAAACGCCUAAUUACUCUCCCGCACCAGCCGACCAACCACACCUAAUCUGCUAAUCUACUUCCCCGCACUGCACGCGAAAAACUGCAACACGUCAGGAACACUUUAGUCGCGUACGUAGACCGUCACCUAUACAGCUGCAGAGAGAGGUUGGCUAGAAUGGAUAUUUCCUCAUUGAUCCAAAAAAACCAGUUGCGCUUCAAGCCCAGUAACGUCCUCCAGAAAAGAAAGCGCUGUUUAGAGGCCUCUUGACACAGAAUUCGCUUUCAGCCCUGUCGUGCGUGGCAAAGACGUUAUCGGUUGUUCGGGCUGCGCUGCUGUGAGACAUUGACCGAGGAAAGUGAUCUUGCGGCGCUCCCCGGCGCGUUCAGGAGGUCACCUCCACGCGGGUCCCAUUGAGACUGCUAUAAAGGGCACCCUACGUCGCAGCCGGCCAACAGACGAAACCGAGAGCAAGCUGUGGAUACCAGCAUGAGAACUGCCGUGCUUUUCGUCGCCGUCUGCGCGCUCCUGGAAACGACUUCUGCGGGAGUCGGUGGCGGAGGCGGAGUGCCACAGUACCUGGGAGCGGGAGGAGGCGGCCUCGGUGGUCAGGGCGCUGUCUUGGGGCCCAGUCAAGCAGCGAAUCUGGCAGCCGCUCUGGGCGGUGGUUUCAACGGGGGCCUCGGAGGAGCUGGUCUGCUUGGGGCAGGAGGCCAGUUCAUAGCAGCGCCAAAUGGACAGGGAGUUUCCGUUCCUGCACCAGUGGCCACACCGAUCGCUUCCGUUACAUUCUUGAAGCAGCCUGUCGUAAACCUACGGUAUGUGACAAAGCCCGUCAUAAAGUAUGUCAAGCACCCAGUGGCCACUGUCCAUCACGCCAUUAGACCGGUUGUCCGUGUAGGCCAAGCUGCUGGCGGAAUUAGCCUUAACGGGCAUGGCCUGGCUGGCUUCACCUCAGCGCUCGGCGGUGGCGCGGCAGCGCUCAACGGCCUCAGUGGGGCCAAAGCGAACGCACUGAAGGCGCAGACGUACGCCGCUGGUGCCAAUGCUGCGGCUGGGCCAGCUAAUGCUGGUGGUCUUGGAGCGCUCGUAGGUCCCGCACAUUUCGGUCCAGGCCUUCACGGGCGCGCUCUUUUGGGUCCCGGUGUGGAUGGCCACGUUUUGGGAGGACAUGGGGGACCAGCGCUGGGAGGACCAGGACUUGGAACCAUAGGCCUACAUCAUUUGGCCAUGAACAACUUGGGUCUUCAUGGUCUCGGUGGUUUCGGCGGCCACGGACUCGGAGGACCAGUGUUCGCAGGCCUCGGCGGACCUGGACUUGUAGGUAUCGGUGUGCGUCACCCGGCUCUACUUGGCGUCGGGCUGGGCAACGUUGGUUACAAAGGUGGCCCCGCGUUUAAGAACGGCCUCGGAAACACAGGAGGUGGUGACGGCGGCACCACUCUCCUUGGUGCGCUCGGCGCGGACGGUGUAGACGGCGCCGUCGCAGCUAUCAGGACGGCGCACAAUUUAUCUCCAACUGUGGCCGUUAAGUCGGGAGGAAGGCAUUUUUAACUUUAAAUGAUAGCUUUAGAAUAGUGUCACGCCUGACAAACGUCAAAAGGUUAAAACUGCAGCGUGCGUCCAGGAAACUAAUGUGAACUUAAACAGUAUGUCGCGAACGUGUAAAGGCCACUGACCUUGUCGCCCGAGUUGAGCGGCGCACGUGAGUCGCCGCUACCGAGGCUCGACUUCAUUAGCGGCAAGAUGACGACUUCUUUCAAUGUAGGCGGCCACCAUAGUGUCAAUAUACAGGAGGUGUCUUGCUCCGGAGAAGGUAGUGGCAGAUUUUAAACUUUUUCGACAGACUGUACCUGCCUGCUCCGUAUAUACAGUGAUGGUGCUAUAAAAGUGAGAAAUGUUACGCAUCGCAAGCAAAUCCUUAGUUUUAGUUAGUGCGAAAUUUUUUAUCUUGUUAGCGUGUAGUACAGCAGGAGGCAGUAUAUUCUUUAUAGUGUGGUUUACUUUUGGUGUUACUUCGAGUGAGUAUAUACGGUCUCCACAGAAGGAGGGACGAAAAGGCCGGGGCAGUAGGUGAGUGCACCAGCAUUACACUGUUAGCCAGGCUGUCCAUAGCAACGUUUUUUUCUCGAAUGCGUGAGUGAGAGUGAUGCGUGUGAAGCAGAGAUUGUGUACGCGAAAGUGAGUGGACACUGCAACAGUUGAACUGGUAGUGUUUCUCGAGCAGAGUGUUUGUCCGUUAAGUGGCUUAGUGUACGCGGAAUAUCACCUCAUUACUGAUGCUGAGUUACUGCACCUGUACCAUCAUCCAAAGACGUGUGUUAAGCGCAUCAACAUUGUAUAUUUGCUGAUUAAAAAAUAAAAAAGAACUUGCCGGGA